AUGGAUGAACAUACUGUCAAAAAAAGAAGAAUAUAUGACAGCUUGGCGCAUAAUGUAGCCUACCCUAUACCUUCCGCCCAAAAUUUAACCCCUCCCAAGGAAAAGGUGACAAAUUUACCUCGAACGAGUUUGGCUAUAUCUAGGCGACCAAAUUCACCACUGAUGAGGUUUUGCAUCCAGGUGACUAAAUUCACCACUGACGCUCCGUGCACUUGCACAGUUGUAGCUUUGCAAUUCAGACGAGGGGCCCACUCGCGUGAAGUACUGUCGCUCCGUACACAAGGUGACAAAUUCACCUCGCACGGCUUUACCAACUCAAGGCGAAAAUUCACCUAUCGAGCAACCUGGGAGAGGUCUCCGCUCCGUACACAAGGUGACAAAUUCACCUCGCACGGCUUUGCAACUCAAGGUGACAUAAUCACCUAUCGAGCGGCUCUCCUGAACUAUAGCUACAUAGCCCAAGGAUCAAAAGAAGAAAGAAGGGUCUUGGAACCUCUUGAAGGAGUACGAACCUUAUAUGUGAACGCAAUGCUCUAUCCUAACCAUUCUUUGAGUUGUUUUCUACCACCAAGUUGA